AUGUCGUUCAACCUUGGAGGGUAAGUGUAUACAAAAGCGCGUUUUGGUUCAGAAGGUAACAGUUUGCAACAAACUUGCAUAAUGAAGCUUCUUUUCAUAGGACUGAUGGCGGCAAUGCUGGUCUGGGGCCCGCAGACAAGAGCCCAGAAAGACGACUUGACCAAUGACGAAGUACAGGAAGCUGAAACGAGGGCAAAUAACCCUAGUGUCGGUGCAGCAGACAAAAAAAUCUGCGACGGCGUGUGUGCUGAAUUCGAAGGAGACGAUUUAGAGUUAGAGAAAUGCAUAGAAGAGUGUGAACUAAAAAAAAACGGCGUUGAUAGUGGCGACGAUCAAAGAAGCCCGAAAAGAAAGAAGUGGGUUCGUAGAGUUCGAAGAGUUAAUCUGAUAAGAAUUUGGGUUUAAGAAAAAAAAUGAGUCAGUCUAUGUACCAAAGGCUUAACGGCGUUCUUUUUAGGACGACGCCAAUACAGCGAAACAAGAGAACGGAAACUUGGAAAGACGUCACCACAGACAGCAAAAAUUAUAAUCACAAAACGUCAAUCAUAUAUUGCUAUUUAAAGACUUUCUAUAUACAUUGCAAAAUAAAAAAAAAUGCCAAAUAAAAGUAAAAUAUAAAA